AUGGAGGGACCUGAUACACAGCCCUGUGCUAUCGGUCCCGCUAUCAGUUUUGCCUGUGGCCCAGGGGCAUACAUGGAUCUUACCUAUGCCGGUCAGCCACCUGGGGAGUAUUCGAAGUACGGAUACAACAAUAUCAAGCCGAAAGGAACUAUGAAUUCUGAAUACCAAGUCGUGGCUGAGUCCAUCGAGAUAACGAAGAAAGGCGGCCGAGGACGCUAUUGGGCUGAAUGGGCUUGUCUAUGGGCUGCCAUCGCGGAAUGGGUGUGGGAGUACGACAGUGAGGUACGCGCAUUGGAUGAUUGGCCUGAGCACUUCUUUAAAUGGGACCUAAGCGCCGAAGAAAAGUGCUCUUUCGAUAUAUGUGGUAAAGUCCCACGCGAAUAUCUCGAUACCGAUGCUAUCAAAGCUGCUGAUGCCGUCCGCGAUGUCUUUAUUCAACUAGCGCAUGAACCUCGGCGCUUCCAGGGAAUCGAAUGGGACUUUCUCGAUAUAGGAGUGCUUCAAGAGGUGCAAUAUGCGUUUCACGCACGCUUUGGGAUGAAAAACCUGGACCCGGCAGUUAAUCGGGGCGAUUUGCUGCGCGAAGUUGCGCGCAGUGGCUCUGUAGCGUAUGAUGGAUACUCGCAAGCAUAUGAUGAGGUGAGCCCGAUGGCGAUCAAGCAUUGCCCAGAGAGCUUUUGGGGAAAGAGCUGGGAGACAUGGCUGUUAGCGAUUCAUGGUGGAGAUGUUGUCAUAGUGAAGACGGUCUUCCAGGUGAGUGGAUGA